AUGGAUACUCUAGAGUGGCAGAAUUACUCUCUUCCCAACUCUGAAAAAUCCAUUCAACGCCAUCGAUAUGGUCUCCGAACUUUAGCCAAUCGAAAUUUCAUUCGGGAAAACAUAGAGAAUUUGCGCUACCCUUCUCAAAUUAAAGCGAAUUUACAGUCCAAAUCGAAUGGAAACAUGUUUCCCAUUCGACACAAUGUGGAAAGAUACUUUGAUAAUAUUGAAAGAAAUCGGAUGCGAGUUGGUUUAUCCACAGGAAGAAAUAUCCAACAGAAACGGUCUUUAUUUCAAGAAGAUGUAAAUAGUUCUCUUCCAUUAGUUGUCUCUAAAGAAAUUGGAGUUCGUACUCAGACCAGUUAUAGUGCUGAUUCUGCAGGCAAUAUUACUGACAGAAGAUCGAUGGACAAUAAGUUCAGACAGUCUUUUUUCUCUGAUCAACAGAAACUAGGAAAACUUCCGCCAUACUUAAUUCGACGUAAGAAAGAGGAGGCGGCCAGAAUAGCUGCAGAGAGAGCAGCAGCAGGAAGAGAACGGACACCGGAUGGCCACACACGGGUGUCCGAAGAAGAACGCAUAGAUACGCUACAUUCCUUGGAAGAAGUAUACACCAAAACAAUAAAAGAAUUCAAUCAGGUUCCACUCAGCGCGGACACUUCUCGAGCACAGAAGCUAAGGGCUGAUCUCGAAAGAAAACUCGCGGAUUUGGAAGAAGUUAUGGCUGCAUUCAGAAAACCUGUCGUUUUCAUAAAACUAGAUUAA